UUCUACAAAACCCUGGUUGGGCUUCCGCAGUGCCGCCCGCCGUCGCCCGCCGUCGCCGUUGCCAUCUCCGGUCGCCGGCUCCAGUUCCCAUUGCUGGUCACCCUCUCCACCUUUCGUCUCCGUCGUGUUUCUGCUCUAAUAUCAUCUUCAAAAACCUAAUUUUGGUUGUUCCUUCGUGGAAAAGCUCCAUCUCCAGAGAAGCACGCAAGCUAAUAAUGCUGAAAAUCAAGACUCCAAAGACGCAACGAGCUGCACGGGCACUUGAGAAGCGUGCUCCAAAACUUGUUGAGAAUGGUAAGAAGACACUCAUCCUUCAUGGCACCAAGACCAGCGGUGUGUUGAAUGAUGUGCUCACUCAAAUUUACCACUUAAAAAGAGGUAAUGCUGUGAAGUACACUAAGAAAAAUAAGGAAAUCAGGCCUUUUGAGAGUGGUGGGGAGACAUCAUUAGAGUUUUACUCUCUCAAGAGUGACUGCAGCCUGUUUGUGUUUGGUUCUCACUCGAAGAAAAGACCGAACAAUCUAGUGCUUGGGCGGUUGUAUGAUCAUCAUGUGUAUGAUCUCGUUGAAGUUGGCGUGGAGAAUUUGAAACCAAUGGAGUCAUUUAUGUAUGAUAAGAAGCUGGCUCCAAAAAUUGGUUCGAAACCAUUCUUUGCUUUUAUAGGAGAAGGCUUUGAGAGUGUCGAGGAGUUGAAGCACUUGAAGGAGGUCCUUCUUGAUUUAUUCCGAGGAGAGGUUGUGGAAAAUUUGAAUCUUGCUGGGGUGGAUCGCUUAUAUGUAUGCACAGCCAUCUCUCAAACUACUGUAUUCUUCACCCACUGUGCUCUUCGGCUUAAAAGGUCAGGCACAACUAUACCCAGAAUGGAAUUGGUUGAGAUUGGACCCUCCAUGGACUUUGUUGUUCGGCGCCAUCGUCUUCCUAAUGAUAGUUUGAAGAAAGAAGCAAUGAAAACAGCCUCUCAACAAUCUAAGAAGCAGGUUAAAAAUGUGAGCCGUGAUGUAGUGCAGGGUAAGAUAGGGAAGAUCUACAUGCCCGAUCAACAGGUUGGAGGUAUGGCUCUGUCAAAUGAUAUCAAAGGACUGAAGAGACAGCGCCGGGAGGCUAAGAUGAAGAACUCCGCUAAAGAAGAUCAAGCAAAGAAAAGGAAGACAGACUCUUAAGUGAUUCACAACAUAUUCCCAUGCAUCGGUCAUAGCAUGAGGCAACAGGUAAUUUUUUCUCACUUACAUGAUGUUGCAAGGAUGGAUGUUUUGGCAUCAGUUUUUGUGUGCUAUUUGGCGGAAAAUUCACAUCUAAUAUUAAUUUUGUAUUCUUCCAUUUUGUUUAUUGCACUGUUAAGUUUUCCCCCUUCUUUUCCAAAUAGUUCUCGUCGACUUGGUAUUAGAAUUUUAUGAGAAAUGUAUGCAUGUAACGCAGUUGGCUCAUAUAAGGAAACUUUUGCUAGGGCAUUGAUAAAAAACUGAGUUAAUUA